AUGGCACAGCGCCAUGGGAAGGACAGCCACGGAAAAGGUUCGCGAGGACGCAGCCGCAGUCGCGAGCGAGCUGCACAUGCGCCGAGUUUCCAUGGUGGAAUGGGUGUGCUGCAGGAUGCCUUGGGUCAACUGGGCCCAAAUGUGGACUUUGAGUACGAAAUCACCUGCCAGCUGCCUCCUGAGAAAGUAAGUGCCAUGAUCGGUCCUGGUGGACAAAUCGUCCGCACCGUGCGGCAAAGCACCAACACAGCCAUUCACUUCGGCGAAGUCGUACCUGGAGCCAGGGAGCAGACGAUGCGCUUGAAAGGGCCCUUGCUGGGAGUUUAUAGGGCGCAUGUGAUGAUGAUGCGAAGAUAUCACGAGCACGACGCAGAAGCUCGGAUUUCGCCCAAGGGUGCAGCGAAGGGCGCAGGUGCUAAGGGCGAUCCCUUCAAGGGCGACAAAGGUGGCCCAGGAAAGGAUUCCUGGACAACGGUGCCGCCACGAAACAAAGGUGGCUAUGAUAAGGGCUUCGACAAGGGUUACGACAAAGGUUACGACAAGGGCUACGACAAAGGCUAUGACAAGGGUAGCCCAAAGGGUGGCUACCAUGGCAAGGGUGACAAUGUCACUAUGGGCCACAAGGGCGCACCCUACAACGGCAAGGGCAAGGGCAAGGGCAAAGACGAAGGCCGCGGAGACUUCGGUGGUAGCAGCUCUGAGGUGCGAGAAUCGUCCAGAGAACAACUGGAGGGCAUGCUGGCGAAUCUGGAGAGGCAACUGAACGAGGUGAAGGGCAAGUUGAGUCGCACUUGA